UCAAGCCUUUGGUUUUGUUUUUAUCGUUGGAGUCCUGCACUGUUCUUUCGUGGCAUUCAUUCACAGCUACGCUUUCGUCUCUACAACGAUUAAUGGAGGAGCAAGCAAUUCGUUUUCUGACGCCAUACCAGCCAGCAAACAAACUCCACAUCAGGGUAUGCAGAAUAUGGGUCACGAAAAGCAUUGGAGACAAUCCUCAACCUAUAAGUCUUGAUUGCGUCUUCGUUGAUAAGGAUAGAGAUGCGGUUCACGGAACCAUCAACGGUCGAGACAUCCAAUUUUUUUUGGACCGUCUAAGUGUCGGCAAUGCAUAUGAAAUCAACAAAUUUCGUGUCAUUCACAACAAGAGAUCAAGCAAGGUUGUCCCUCAUGCAGCUAUCAUUGAAUUGAAUAGGAAAACCACAAUCGUUCCUAUUCACAAAACAAGUCAAGAACUCCCAAUGCACUGGUUCAAUUUAAUUGAGCUUAAUCAACUUCAUCAGAGAAUCGACAACGAUGUUGAGCUUACAGAUGUGUUUGGUUGCCUAACGGCUGUGCAGCCAACUGAAGAAAUCACUAUCCAGAACACAAGAGUUGCAAAGAAGAGAAAUCUAAACUUGCAAAACAUUAGAGACGAAACAGUGAGAAUAACCUUAUGGGGAGAGGCUGCAACAGGUUUUGAGAGCAGUGGAAUACAAGAACUUUUGCCACCCGUAUUUUGUGCUUUCACAAGCCUGAAAGUAAAACAAUACCAAGGAAAACCUGUUCUCGGAAGCACAGGAUCAACCGUUUGUGUUUUCAAUCCAGAGAUUCCACAACUCUCUGAAUACAAACACAAGUUUAAGCAUAGCAGAUCACCUCUUCAAAUCCUGCCCACCUCAGCUGAGAUGUAUACGGGCCGUGCAGUCAGUGCUACUACUGAGUCAAAAACAAUUGACGAAUUGCUUUUACUUGAUCCUGCCUUGCACAAGAAUGCAAGUUUCGUAUGCCAAGCAACUAUUGUUGAAUUCGAUUUGACUAAGGGCUGGUGGUACAAAUCAUGCCCGUCUUGCCAUAAAGUUGUCAAGAAAAACUCUGAAUCGUUUGAGUGCAAUGAACAUGGGUUCAUAAACAGAUUACCCGAACCAUGGUUCAAAAUAGAUCUUAUUGUGGAAGAUAGCACAAAUCAGCACAACUUCCUCAUGAUAGGAAGACAUGCCGAAAAAAUACUUCGUGUUUCUUGCCACACUCUGGUGAUAGAAGAUGGACAUGAGGAUCCUUUCAUACUUCCACCAACUCUAAAAAAUUUGGUCGGCACAACAAAACAAUUUCAGCUCUCUUUUGGAAAUCAAAACACUGACUUUGGAAAGACAGACUUCAUAGUUCAUGGACUACUCCAAGAUCAACCGCUUUCGAGCCCAACAAUUGCCUUAGUCAUACCAAAAACACCUACUCCCUCCGUAGGAACACAUAUUAUGACUCAAGCGACCCCCAGCCCAGUGAUGCCUUCUCACCGACCAAAUCAACAACCCCAGUUAGUUGCACCCACAAAGACUUCAAAAAGAGCAUUGUUUCCUAAUGAAGCGGACAAAUCUGACAGCAAAAAACCUCGCAGCGACCAAGCAGACACAACCAAUUCUGCUAGAAUUGCUAAAGAAUUCCACAAUCUGGUUGUCCCCAAAAUUGAACCAGCAGACAAAGUGCCGAUAGCCACACUCAAAACAAAAUCUCAAACCAAAAAAACCAAAGAUAGUGCGGAAGAUGUCCACUCUCAGAAAUAGUUAACACCGCAAUCUCCGUGAUCGACUGCAGCAAGGCUUUCUACAUCUUUUUGCCUUUCAACAUUUUAGCUUAAGGACUUGACUGCUUCAACAACAACGAAACACUCUUUUUGUUUUUUGGUAACUACUGAAAUAGAUAACCAACCUACAAGACAUAUUUUGCCAUCUUAAAUGUAAUGGCAAAAUAUGUGUGGACAACAUGUUACUCCUGUUUCUUAAGGAAACAAACAUCUUGCAUAGUUUUUACUUUGCGCGUUUGUGCUUCAAAACUAUGAUGCUAGAAUAAGAACAAAACAGUUUUUAUAUGUUUUGUCAACUGCUCAAACAUGUGCCUAACUUAAAUGACAUCUAUUUUGCCACCUUUACUACAAGGCCAACAUUUGUGUAAACUACAUGUUACUUCUGCUUAUUAAGGAACCAAAACGUUCAGUUUCGUUCUGUUAA